AUGUCCUAUCCAGGCCAGUACGGCUACGGCGCCCAGCCUCACGGCCAGGGCUACGGCCAGCAGUACCCGCCCCCUCAACAGGGAGGUUACGGCGGAUCACCUUAUCCUCCUCAAGGAGGACAUUACCCUCCUCCUCAAGGUCCUCCGCCCGGCCAAUAUGGUGCACCUCCUCAACAGGGCGGCUACUACCAACAACCUCCUUCGGGCCAAUACCCCCCACAAGGCGGACACUACCCCCCGCCCCAAGGUCCCCCGCCAGGCCAGUAUCCGCCUCAGGGCGGCGCAUACGGCGCACCUCCUCCGAUUCCUCCCUCGCCAUAUGGCGGACACUCUCCCGCGCCGGGUGGCUACGGGGCACCGCCACCCAACCAGUCGUAUGGCGCUCCCCCGCCUCAGCACUACGGACCCCCAACGCCGGCGUCUCUGGGAUACGGCGCUCCUCAGAUCAUCCAAUGGGAUGCGACUCCUGACGCGACGACAGCGCGCAACGCAAUGAAGGGGUUUGGUACCGACGAGAAGACUCUCAUCCGCUGCCUAGCAACCAAGGAUCCUCUGCAGAUCGAUGCCAUCAGAACAGCAUUCAACAGGAAUUUCAGGCGUGAUCUCGAGCAGGAUAUCAAAAAGGAGACAAGUAGUUGGUUCCAGAAGGGCUUGGUGUCUAUCGCCCGCGGCCCCCUCCGCUCCGAUAUCUACAACUUGUACGAGGCUAUGGACGGGGUUGGCACAAAAGAGAGUGUUCUGAAUGACGUUCUCCUCAGCCGUUCAAACGCGGAUCUGCAGGCCAUCAAGAGCGCAUACCAGCAAACAUUCAAGAGGCGCCUGGAGGAUGACGUAAAGGGCGACCUCAGCAUGAAGACCGAGAGGCAUUUCCUCAUCGUUCUGGGUGCCAACAGGGCAGAAGACUCUGCACCCGUUGUGCCACAACAGGUCGACUCAGAUGUCAUGGAGUUGUACAAGGCUACCGAAGGCAAGGUCGGCACGGACGAGAUGCUUGUUUGCAGCAUCCUGAGCACCCGCAACGACAAUCAGAUCCGCGCCAUCAACCAAGCCUACGAGCAGAAGUUUAGGAGGAAGCUUGAGGAAGUCAUCAAGAAGGAAUUCUCUGGACACAUGGAGGACGCCCUUCUUUUCCAGCUCCGCAACGCAGUCGACAAGUACAUGCAUGCCGCCAAGCUCCUGGAAGACUCAAUGGCUGGGCUCGGCACCAAGGAUCAUCUGCUCGUAGCGCGCGUGGUGCGAUACCACUGGGACAAGAACACCCUCGCUAACGUCAAGGGUGCGUACCAAGCUAGGUACAACCGCAGCUUGGCGAGCAGGAUCCGGGGCGAGACGAGCGGCGAUUACCAGAGGCUGAUGUUGGCGUGUAUUGGCGAGAACAUUUGA